AUGAGCGCAAAGAAAUGUGCCAGAGAAGAAUGUGGUAAAUCCGUCUACCCGGUAGAGGAACUGAAAUGUCUUGACAAGGUUCAUUUUCCAGAGGAUGAAGUAUUUUGAUUGAAAAUUUUCAGGUCUGGCACAAACAGUGCUUCAAAUGUUCUGUGUGCGGCAUGACACUCAACAUGAAGAACUACAAAGGCUACGAUAAAAAACCUUAUUGCGAACCGUGUGUUUUCAUACAUUACACAUGUCCCUUAUAAUGUCCAAAAACUUCAUUUUUUCAAACCUAGAACUUCUGACAGUUUUUUUUCUUGUUUUAGUUUUCCGCUUUGAAAAAACUCACAUACCGAUGUUUAACAUUAUUCCAAAAAGUGCUGAGUUUCUUCAAGAAGGCUUGAAUUUUCUCAAUCGCUCAUAUUUUUUUCUAGAAAAAAGAAAAUCAAGAGAAACUAUUUCGGGAAAGGAAAAUAACGGAUAUAAUCUGAGAAUCGGAGCGAAUCGACAGUGUGUCCAAGCAUCAAUAUUUUUGUCCUUUUUUCAGUCACUACCCGAAAACGGUCGCGUCGGUGGUAACGGACACUCCUGAAAUGCGGCGGAUCGUGGAAAAAUACAAAAAAAUCAGAGCAAUGUGAGUUUUUUUUUCCCCCUUUUCUCAGAUAUCUAUUAUUAAGUGUUUUAUUAAAACCAGAUUGGUAUUGCGAUAUAUUAGGUUAUUGAUCCUUCAUGGCCGGAUAAUUUUAGUUAAGUGUCUUUUAAAAAAAUCAUAACUCUUGUAAUUUUUUUAAAAAUUGGAAAAAGUUCAAGUACCUGAAAAAAAUUUUUUUUUACAUUAUUUUGAAACCAAAUUUCACCUAGACUUCUCAUUUUCAAAGAAAAAAACUGUUUUUUUCCUCUUUAAAGUUUCAUGCAGUUUUUUUUAAACUUAUUGCUAUAAUUUUCUUUUAUCCUGUCGGUUAUAAAUUGUAACGCAUCGGUACUCUAAUAAUCGAAUUUUUUAAUCGAAACUCUGGUGAAGCAGUUUGAUUUCACGAUCUCGGUUCUGAUCGAUUGAUUUUUUUGCUUCACUCGAACUCCCAUAAAAAAUCGUGCUGGCCUUAGGGGCGGACAUUACAGCGAGCAGAUUCGGAGUGGAUUCCUGGUUCUUUCUCCCCCGCCGGCUAUUUCUGCUCAGCUAACUCGUUGUAAAGAUCGCCUCGCGUGGAAAAUUCGGGAUAAAAAGCAGCUUUAAACUUCUCUCAAUCUUUCAAUGACUCACUUUUUUGUAUUGAAAAACAGAAACAGAGAAUUUAAUACGAUUGAUGAUGGGCCAUCGUCAGGCUUUAUCGAAAAACACAAUGAUUGAAUGAAUGCAUCGUCGACAGACUGUAGUCACCCUGCUUUGUGUCGUUCAAAUAGUUGAAAUCGGAAAUAUUCAGAUCAAAUACCAUGCUGAAUACGAGAAGAUGAGAGGAACGAAGAUUGAAAUUGCGGACGACCCAGAACUCGAGAGACACAAGAAAAACACACAGGUUGGGUCUAGGAUAUGAAGAUCAAGUUCAAAGAAAGAAACCAGUUAUGCGUGAAGUUUUAGAUAAGAAAGGUUAAAUAAUUUUCGAUUUCUUCUUACAACAAAAAAUACGUCUAAAUAUUCUUUUUUCUUUCUUUUUACCAGUUGAUAAAACAAAGUUUGACCUCCAUUACUUUAUUCUUUUCAUCUCCCCUUUUCCGUUUCAUUUAAAAAGCUGAGCUUUCAGACAGCUUCGAAUGUUCAGUACACGGGUGAGUUGGACAAGAAAAAGCGUCAAGAACAAUUCCGACCGAAGGAAGUUUCCGGCGAUGCUAACGGUACGUUUUCGUUUAUCUCGCAGUUUCUUGUAAAAUUAACAAGGAAAAAGCCGCAAUAAAAAGUUCAAAAGGAGACGUUACGUUCCGGAUCGAGCGUGUUGUGGAACUCACACUUGCUGUGCAUGGGGCGACAGAACUAGUUUCAUACGUUAAUGCCGACGUACCAGAUGAAAAGACUUUUUCGAUUCCAGUCAUCGUUUUAUCUAAGGCUUAAAUCUUUCCUUCUUUUCCCUCACUUUGCAAUUCUGUGCUCACAUGGGAUAGGCAGAACAUGCGUCAACCAAACAUUUUUGAUACAAAAAUUAUAUUUGAAAUCCUUCUUUCAAACUUUCGAUUUUUUUUAAAAGUUCAUAUUUUCUCUCAGUCAUAUCAGUAACUCAAAUUUAGAGUUAAAAGCUCUAGAUGCUGAUUCGAAACUACAGACAAAUUCGUAGAAAACUUUAUGGUAAACUAGAAAAGACUAUUGGAUGAACUCGUCAAGUGUGAUAAUAAUUACCUCUCUCUCAGAGAUUUCAGUGAUGUGAGUCUUUUUUUGACCCUGGCAAUACUAUCUCAUGUAGGGCCUUGUCUUGUUCCAAUAUUUCUUGUCGAUUGUUGCGUCCCGUCGUUCUAUUUUGUUUUUCAGUUUUGAUAGAUUUCUCAGACUUUUUUGAUUUUUUCAAGUGUUUUUCUAAUCCAGCCUUCUAUCGGACCUCAUCUCACUAUUCGCCCUUCCCUUCUAACUUCUCUCGAGUACUUUUCUGCAAGAAACUAACUUAUUUUCACACGUGUGUGUGUUUUGUAGGAACUUCUGUAAUCGUCUCUCUUCUUUUCUUCUUCUUUUUGUCCGUCGUCUUCGGCUAACUCAACUCGAACUGAAGGCUCCUGUCAAAGACCUACUGGUUCAGGCAAAGUGGCCGCGGUCGCCACGGCGGCUCCUCUCCAAGAACAGCCAGCAACGGCUCCGCCUGUGUCCGAAGAAGUCAAAAAGACCAAGAAAGUUGUCAAGAAGAAGCCUGCACAGUAA